UCACAAAGCUGUUGAUAUAGCCUGGGAUGCAAAGACCUGUUUGUAGUUUUUGGGCACUCCUCUGGGCCUCUGCAUUGCUUACCAAAGAUGUACCGACCUGUUCUUGUACCUGUUAGAAAAAGAAGCUGUUUAGAGCCAUGGGUUAUUGGCUUAAUCACCUUUAUAUCCCUGAUUGUUCUGGCAGUGUGCAUUGGACUCAUUGUUCAUUAUGUAAGAUACAAUACCCGGAAGAACUACAAUUAUUAUAGUACCUUGUCAUUCACCAGUGACAAAUACUUCCAUGAGUUUGAUAAAGAAGCUACCACAAAUUUCACUGAAAUGAGUCAGAGGAUAGAAACAAUGGUUAAAAAUGCAUUUUAUCAAUCCAGCUUAAGGAAAGAAUUCAUCAAGUCCCAGGUUAUUAAGUUCAGUCCCCAGGAUCCCGGAGUGGUGGCCCACAUGCUGAUGAUUUUUAGAUUCCCCUCUACCCAGAGUCCUGAAUCCAUAAAAAAAACAAUUCAACGUGUGCUGCAUGAGAAACUCCAACAUGCAACUGGGCCCCCCAAAGUAGACCCUUCGUCAGUUGUGCUCACAAAUAUCAACAAGACGGAAACGGACAACUAUUUGAGUAACUGCUGUGGGACACGGAUGGGUGCAAGCUUUGGCACAAGUGACAGGAUAGUCGGGGGACAAGAAGUAGUGCAAGAAGGUGAAUGGCCCUGGCAGGCCAGUUUGCAGUGGAAUGGGGUUCAUCGUUGUGGGGCAACCUUGAUCAGUACCACGUGGAUUGUCAGUGCUGCUCAUUGCUUCAGAAAUUACAAGGACCCUGCCAGAUGGAAAGCUUCUUUUGGUGUGACAGUAAAUCCCCCCAAAGAGAAACGAGGCUUCAAGAGGAUUAUUGUUCACGAAAACUACAAGUAUCCAUCUCACAAUGAUGACAUUGCUGUUAUAGAGCUUUCUCGCCCUGUAACUUACACAAACGCGGUGCAUCGAGUGUGCCUCCCAGAUGCAUCUCAUCAAAUUAAUCCCGGUUCUGCAGCAUAUGUCACAGGAUUUGGAGCACUGAGGAAUGAUGGUAACAGUGUAAAUCGUCUUCAGCAAGUAAAAGUGAAUAUCAUAGACACUAAAACAUGCAAUAAGCCACAAGUUUACAACAAUGCUAUCACCCCUGGAAUGAUAUGUGCUGGCUAUUUGAAAGGAGGAAAAGAUGCUUGCCAGGGUGACUCUGGUGGACCUAUGGUCAGUUCAAAUUCUAGAGACAUCUGGUAUCUUUAUGGCAUAGUGAGCUGGGGUGAUGAAUGUGCAGCACCAAAUAAGCCAGGUGUCUAUACUCGAGUGACUGCUUUUCGUAAUUGGAUUGAAGCCAAAACCGGUGUCUAAGAGAGAAGUGAUUUGUAAAAUGAAAUGCCCAGUUACAUGUGGACCAUGCUCACCCCAAGCAACCUAUAUGUAUUGAUUAUGCUAUAUCUAUAAAGUUUCUGUCUUUGAGAUUUCAACUUAAGGCCAUGAAUCUCGAGUGAAUGUCAACGGUGUGAAUGGUUUCCAUCCAUUCUUGCAGAUUGUUGCAUUUACUGCCUUUGUAAAGGUAGUGAACAAUCAAAAAAGACAAAAUAAACCAAUUAUUUUUGCUUUAAAAAUAAAUUUAUAUAUAUACAGA